GAGUUGUGAUCUGUUUUCCUUACACUGGCCACUCCGUGUCUUCGGUGUGGUUGCCUUGCGUGAUUCCGUUGAUUACAAUCGCAAUGUUAUCUUCUACCGGACAAGGGAUAACUGUCAGACCCUCACUGAAAAGGAUCCCUAUUUAGUACUAACAGGUCCUAGCCGUGCUGUCAUGCUAUUAGAUCCGGUGACUCUGGAGGUUGUGCUGAAAGUGAAGGGUGCUACUGAAUCUGAGGAUAAAGACUUUAGCUUUUUAGCUGCGCCGGUGAUGAGACGUGCUGUGCUUUCUUCGUGCCUGCUCAAUACUGUUUUCGCUAGUAAGCUCAGCACACUGGAGUUUACCCUUGGCCAUAUUGUUUUCUCUGUGGAGGCCACAAUAUCUCUGGAAGUCGUUGAUGGUUCAUGGCCAGAUGGUUUUCGUGGUCAAUUUUCUGCACGUACCUGUGCUGUCCGUAUCUCUGACACGGAUGAUGAGGAAGUCUUCUCCCAUUCUGAAGAUAAGAAAGUUCCUGUUAUUGGUGAUGGCUCCUAUGCCUCCCGUAUUGAUAAGCAGGUGGUCAUCUUACUUGAUUCUGGAGUUGGGAAAGCUCCUGUUAUUGGUGAUGGCAAGAUCAAGCUUUCACGUUGUGUUGCCUCUGUUGAGGUUGAAGGAAAGCUGAUUGUUUCUGUCAAGGCAUGGCAAAUUGACAACCAAGUUGUGGAAAAAGAGAUGGAUUUCACCCCCAUGGAAGCUGACAGAAGCCAAGGCAUGCUGGAUGUUGGCUUCUGUACAAUGAAAGUCACUGUCGCCUGGUCACUUGUUUCGCAUGAUCCUGAGGCCUAAGAGUCCACUUUGUUGAUGGAAGUUGUGAAGUUAUAAUUAUGCUGUUAAUUAGAGUUUCAGUUGGCACUGUACCCAUCUGUGAUACCUUGCACUAAUUAAUGUUUCAGUUGGCACUGCAGCCAUCGGUGGUAUUUUCCUCUA